AUGAAGGCCUCGACCUCGACGUCUAGUGCAGCGCCGGCCCAUAAUGCACCCCUUCCGCCGACGGCAUCUUCAGCAGGGCGUUCGUCGCGUAUCGCCCCUCACUCACACAUCAAGGGUCUCGGUUUGACGCCAGAGGGCUUCGCAACCAACGACACUGCAGGGUUCAUUGGACAGACAACUGCGCGCGAGGCGUGUGGUGUCGUUGUCGAUCUCAUCAAGUCUCGCAAAUUUUCAGGGAGAGCACUGCUCCUGGUCGGUGCUCCUGGAACGGGCAAGACAGCUCUUGCCUUGGCCGUCUCACACGAACUCGGCGCGAAGGUGCCAUUUUGUCCCAUGGUUGGAUCUGAGGUGUAUAGCACGGAGGUCAAGAAGACAGAAGUUUUGGCAGAGGCGUUUCGGAGAGCCAUCGGUCUCCGGAUAAAGGAAACAAAACAGGUUUACGAAGGAGAAGUGACAGAGCUCACACCAACGGAGGCAGAGAACCCACUCAGCGGCUACGGGAAAACCGUAUCACACGUUAUCGUAGGCCUGAAGACGGCAAGGGGAACAAAACAGCUGCGUCUAGACCCUACUAUCUACGAGGCUAUUCUCAAGGAAAAAAUUGUCGUUGGUGAUGUGGUGUAUAUUGAACACAACACCGGCGCCGUGAAGCGUGUUGGGCGGUCAGACGCAUAUGCUGCUUCCUAUGAUCUAGAAUCAGAAACAUACGUCCCUCUACCCAAAGGAGAAGUACACAAACGGAAAGAACUCGUCCAGGAUGUAACGUUAGGGGACUUGGACGCCGCGAAUGCUAGACCACAAGGUGGCCAGGAUAUUAUGAGCGUCAUGGGAAGUCUCGUAAAGAGUGGGCGUACGGAAGUCACAGAAAAACUGCGUCAGGAAGUCAACAAGAUCGUAAAAGGAUAUGUUGAUCAAGGCGUCGCGGAAGUUGUCCCAGGUGUUGUUUUUAUCGAUGAAGUGCAUAUGCUUGACAUUGAAUGCUUCACCUAUCUAAACGCGCUCCUCGAGACACCAAUGGCACCGACUGUUAUCCUCGCCACCAACCGAGGGAAUGCGCUCGUCCGUGGAACCACUGAUAUCGUCUCGCCGCAUGGUAUUCCUGUCGACCUUCUCGAUCGAUGCAUGAUAGUGAAGACGGAUGCGUACACGCGGGAACAGAUUGGCAAAGUAGUGCAAAUGCGGGCCAACAUUGAGGGGCUUAAACUUGGCCCAGAAGUCGUGGACAGACUCGCAGGAGAAGGCGAGAAGAGCUCGUUACGAUACGCCCUGCAGCUGCUCACGCCUGCGUCGAUUCUCGCAAGGCUGGCUGGUCGUACGCAGAUCGAAGUGGAGGAUGUGAGCGAGAUGGAUGAGCUGUUCCUAGACGCUAAAACAUCGGCUUCGAUGAUUGGGAGCGGCAGCACAUGA